AUGUGCGCGCGCUCGGAGGCGGUAGAGCUGGAGGUGCUGGGCGCGGAGGGCGGCGAGACCCGCGUGCCACCGCGCCCAUUGCGCCUCUCACUGCUCGAGCUGCUCGGCAAGCUGGUGCGCCGCGACCAGCCAGCCGCACCGCGCCGCCGCACCAGGCACAACCAUCGGUUUCGCACAUUCGUGUCAUGCGAGAAUGAACGGAGAAUCAAAGCCAACAACCGAGAGUACAACGCGCAGUUCCGCUACGCUAACAAUUAUAUCAAAACAUCGAAGUACUCGAUCAUCACGUUCCUGCCAUUAAACUUGUUGGAGCAGUUCCAGCGUCUGGCCAAUUUCUAUUUCCUGUGUCUGCUGGUUCUUCAGCUUAUACCGGCCAUAUCGUCCCUCACGCCGAUAACCACCGCGAUACCCCUCAUCGGUGUGCUCGCCCUCACUGCCGUUAAAGACGCCUACGACGACUUUCAACGUCAUCAGAACGACUCGCAAGUAAACCACAGGCGAGCGAAGACACUGCGUAAUGGCAAGCUUGUGGAGGAGAAGUGGGCGUCUGUUCAGGUGGGAGACGUCAUCAGGCUGGAGAACGACCAGUUCGUUGCAGCGGAUAUACUGCUUCUCAGCAGUUCGGAACCCAACGGGCUAUGUUACAUAGAGACUGCUGAACUAGACGGAGAGACGAAUCUGAAAUGUCGUCAGUGCCUUCUAGAGACGGCUGCGAUGGGUCAGGAUGACGCACAACUCGGUGCCUUCGACGGCGAGAUCGUCUGCGAAACGCCCAACAAUCUACUUAAUAAAUUUGAAGGUACGCUGAGCUGGCGCGACCAGCACUUCUCGCUGGAUAAUGACAAAAUCCUUCUGCGGGGCUGCGUGCUUCGGAAUACGUCGUGGUGUUACGGGGUUGUGGUGUUCGCGGGGAAGGACACCAAGCUCAUGCAGAACUCCGGCAAGACCAAGUUCAAGCGCACCAGCAUAGAUAGGCUACUUAAUUUUCUUAUUAUAGGGAUAGUGCUGUUCCUGCUGUCGAUGUGCGUGUUCUGCACGGUGGCGUGCGGCGUGUGGGAGUGGCUGGUGGGGCGCUACUUCCAGGCCUACCUGCCGUGGGACACGCUGGUGCCCGCAGAGCCCGCCUCGGGCGCCAUCGUGAUAGCGCUCCUCGUAUUCUUCUCGUACGCGAUCGUCAUGAACACUGUCGUGCCCAUCUCGUUGUACGUCUCCGUCGAGGUAAUCAGAUUUGCGCAGAGUUUUUUAAUAAACUGGGAUGAAAAAAUGUAUUACGAAAAGACUGGAACAGCGGCUAAGGCGCGUACUACAACAUUAAAUGAAGAACUUGGUCAAAUCCAAUACAUAUUCUCUGAUAAAACCGGCACAUUAACGCAAAAUAUAAUGACGUUUAACAAGUGCUCGAUCGCCGGUAUCAGCUACGGCGACGUGGUGGACGAGAACACGGGCGAGGCCAUCGAACUCACUGACAACACAGAACCUCUCGACUUCUCCGACAACCCGGAGUACGAGCCCGAGUUCAAGUUCUUCGACUCGAAGCUACUGAAGGCAGUCCGGCAAGGCGACCGCCAUGUGUACGACUUCUUCCGUCUGCUGGCGCUCUGCCACACCGUCAUGCCCGAGCAGAAGAACGGCCGCCUCGAGUACCAGGCACAAUCGCCGGACGAGGCGGCACUAGUGUCGGCGGCGAGAAAUUUUGGUUUUGUGUUCAGAGAACGCUCGCCCAAUACGAUUACUAUAGAAGUUAUGGGUAAAACAGAGGUGUAUGAGUUGUUAUGUAUAUUAGAUUUUAAUAAUGUUAGAAAAAGAAUGUCCGUGAUAUUGAAGAAGGAUGGUGAAAUUAGGUUAUAUACUAAAGGUGCUGAUAAUGUAAUAUACGACAGAUUAAAACGUAGCAGUCAGGAAGAAGUGAAAUCAAAAACACAAGAGCAUUUAAAUAAGUUCGCGGGCGAGGGGCUGCGCACGCUGGCGCUGGCGUGGCGGCCGCUGGAGGAGCGCGGCUUCGCGGAGUGGAAGCGGCGCCACCAGGCCGCCGCGCUGGCGCUGCGCGACCGCGACGAGCGCCUGGACGCCAUCUACGAGGAGAUCGAGACCGAGCUGGCGCUGCUGGGUGUAACAGCAAUAGAAGACAAACUCCAAGAUGGAGUACCAGAAACAAUAGCAAAUCUUAGUAUGGCAGGAAUUAAAAUAUGGGUACUAACUGGCGAUAAACAAGAGACGGCGAUCAACAUCGGCUACUCGUGCCAGCUGCUGGCGGACGACAUGGCGGAGGUGUUCGUGAUCGACGGCGCGGCGCACGACGACGUGGAGCGCCAGCUGGCCAAGUGCCGCGACUCCAUCCGCGUCGUCAACACCUUCCUGCCGCACGGCACGGCGGAGGCGCCGGGCCGCUCGGAGGCCAACGGCGCGGGCCCGCGGCCGUCGCCCGGCCGCGCCGCCAACGUCAAGCUCAACGCGCCCGCCGUGUCCGUCGUCACUUUUAGGUGGGAACAUAACUCUCAGCCGGACAGCAACGAGUACGCGGCGGGCGGCGCGACAGUCGCUCACGAGCACCCCGACGACAGCAACGGGUUCGCGAUCGUCGUCAACGGGCACUCGCUCGUGCACUGCCUGCAUCCGAAGCUCGAGGAAAAAUUUCUCGACGUAGUCCUUCAUUGUCGAUCAGUAAUUUGCUGUAGAGUGACGCCCUUACAAAAAGCGAUGGUCGUCGAGCUUAUAAAGAAAAGCAGAAAAGCGGUCACGUUAGCUAUUGGCGAUGGAGCCAAUGAUGUUUCUAUGAUAAAAGCGGCGCACAUCGGCGUGGGCAUAUCGGGGCAGGAGGGCAUGCAGGCGGUGCUGGCGUCGGACUACUCCAUCGCGCAGUUCCGCUUCCUGCAGCGGCUGCUGCUGGUGCACGGCCGCUGGUCCUACUACCGCAUGUGCAAGUUCCUGCGCUACUUCUUCUACAAGAACUUCGCCUUCACCGUGUGCCACUUUUGGUUCGCGUUCUUCUGUGGAUUUAGUGCCCAAACGGUGUUCGACGAGAUGUUCAUCUCGGUGUACAACCUGUUCUACACGUCGCUGCCGGUGCUGGCGCUGGGCGUGUUCGAGCAGGACGUGUCGGACGCCACGUCGCUGCAGUUCCCCAAGCUGUACGCGCCCGGGCACACCAGCCAGCUCUUCAACAAGACCGAGUUCAUCAAGUCCACGCUGCACGGCUGCUUCACCUCGCUCGUCUUGUUCCUCAUUCCGUACGGUACUUACAAGGAUGGUUUGGCGCCAGACGGCAAGAUUUUGUCCGAUCACAUGCUUUUAGGGAGUGUAGUGGCUACGAUAUUGAUAAUUGACAACACUACACAGAUCGCACUGGACACGACGUACUGGACGGUGUUCAAUCAUAUCACAAUCUGGGGCUCGUUGGUGUCGUACUUCGUGCUGGACUACUUCUACAACUACGUGAUCCGCGGCCCCUACGUGGGCUCGCUCACGGUGGCGCUCACGCAGGCCACUUUCUGGUUCACCGCCGUGCUCACGACGAUGAUCCUGAUGGUGCCGGUGGUGUCGUGGCGGCUGGCGUGGGCGCGGCGCCGGCCCACGCUGGCGGAGCGCCUGCGCGCGCGCACGCGCUGGCGCCGCGCCGCCGCCGCGCCCGCGCCGCGCACGCCGUCCGCGCGCCGCGCGCGCCGCUCCGUGCGCUCGGGCUACGCCUUCGCGCACCAGGAGGGCUUCGGCCGCCUCAUCACGUCCGGCAAGAUCAUGCGCCGCAUCCCGCACGCGGACGCCGCGCUGUCGGCGCUGGCGGCGCUGCCGGGCAAGUUCCACCCGCGCGCCUCCACGCCGCCGCCCGGCUGCUCCUCGCCCGAGCAGUCCGCGUCGCCGCCCUCGCCGCCCUCGCCGCACUCACCGCCCUCGCCGCCCUCGCCGCGCGCGCCGCGCCAGGACUUGGACUCGGUCGACUUAUGA